CACAGGUCAACUGCCUACCGCUUGUAAAUCGAAUUGGCCACUCUAGCUCGCAGUCCUCGCUAAUGUCCGACGAUCAGAAUUCACAAUCAUCGCCAGCAACCACACCAACAUCAAUACGUCCCUCCAUGCCACUACCGUUGGACCUGAACAACACGGAUCGGAAGAAACCGACAAAGAAACUCAGCUUCCUAGGAUGUCAAAGUGGGCAAACAACGGUGAUCGCGGAUCGUAGGCGCGAUCACAUCCGGAUGCAAGCUGCGGCCGGCAAGCUACAGAUCGCUCCUAACCAAACGUACGACUUCACCUCCGACGAUCUUAUCGACGAGGGUGAAAUCGGACGCGGCGCGUUCGGAGCAGUGAACCGGAUGAAAUUCACACACACCGGUACGGUGAUGGCGGUCAAGAGGAUCCGAUCGACCGUAGACGAAAAGGAGCAAAAGCAGCUCCUGAUGGAUUUGGAGGUCGUGAUGAAAUCGAACGACUGUAACACUAUCGUCACCUUUUACGGCGCGCUUUUCAAGGAGGGCGAUUGUUGGAUCUGCAUGGAGCUGAUGGACACCUCGCUCGACAAGUUCUAUAAAUUCAUUUGCGAGUGUCAAUCGAGCCGCAUACCGGAACCCAUACUGGCGCAGAUCACGUUUGCGACAGUGAGAGCGUUAAAUUAUUUGAAGGAAGAAUUGAAAAUCAUUCACCGAGACGUAAAACCGAGCAAUAUUCUGCUGAAACGGAAUGGCGAUAUCAAGCUGUGCGAUUUUGGCAUUUCUGGUCAGCUGGUGGAUUCGAUCGCACGUACGAAAGAUGCUGGCUGUCGGCCGUACAUGGCGCCCGAACGUAUCGAUCCCCAGCGAGCCAAGGGGUACGACGUGCGUAGUGACGUGUGGUCUCUUGGGAUUACGCUGAUGGAGGUGGCCACGGGAAAAUUCCCCUAUCCAAAAUGGGGAUCUGUGUUCGAGCAGCUUUCGCAGGUUGUUGAAGGGGCUCCACCGCGGCUGUCUACUACGUACAACGGGAUGGAAUUUUCUAUAGAUUUUGUAAAUUUUGUAAAUACCUGUUUAAUCAAAGACGAACGCGAUCGUCCUAAAUACGGUAAGCUACUGCAGCAUGCGUUUAUUCAGCUAGCCGAAAAAAGUGAAACAGACGUAGCGGCGUACGUGAGCGAAGUGUUGGAAUCAAUGGCUAACAAUGGAAUAACGCAAUUUACCACCAACCUGCCGGCGGAAGGGUGGAACGAAUGCUUCAACUAG